GGCUGCUUUGGACCUUUAAAAAUACAAUGAUGUGCGCAUGUCGUCAUUUGCCAAGCAACGAUUGUUCCGACUGUUUGGUUUAUCUGUGGUUUGCGUAGCUAGCCAGUUUGAGUUUGUUGGAAUGCAGUGAUUAGUAAACUAGCAUAGCUCAAUAUAUUUCUGCAUCUAAGGAUUUAUUGCUUCGCAAGGUUUGCCAGAAUGCUUUUAAACAAUUUGCUUGAAUGUUUGCCGCCUGACCUCGAAUCAGUCUUGUAAAAAUGGGUCAUUUUAAUAAUCCAAGCUAGCUAACUUUAGCUACAUCUUGUAAAUUGAAGAUGUUUUGCUAGCUCGCUAACCUAGUUAGGUUUGAUCGCUACAAUUUAUUGAUAGGGUAACUGCAGGGUGUCCUGUAGUUUGGCAAAGUGUUAAAACGUGUUUUGUCCAUCUGACUUAGCUUCUUAGCCUAGCUUGCUACGUUAGCUGAAUUAGCUAGCAUCAGCUUUUUCUAUCGUUUACUGAAUUUGACGUAUCGCUACUAGCUGUAAGAUAUGGCCACUGCCUCUAGCUCCUGCGUGGGGAUAAAUGGGUCUAGAAAUGGACCCACUAACUCCACACCGACAUUGGUAACACCUGGACAAUCUCAGCCUAUGGUCGUUGUAUGGGAAUGGCAGGAUGAUCUUGGCUUCUGGCGACCAUAUAGCGGCCAGGUGAGCGGCUAUAUCGAACAAUACUUCUCCUCUCCGCGGGGACACAGAGGUGGGGGUCCUGGCUCCACCAGCAUCAGCCUAGGACAAUCAGAUCCCAGCUUGUCGCCUUAUCUCAUAGACAUACCAAGCUUGAACCAGUUCCGCCAAGAUACAGGGAAAACGCGGUCUGUACGCCGUCAAUUGUUUGCCCAGUCCUCAGGCUUGGGUAGCGGAGUAUAUUGGGAGUGGGCAAAUGACGAAGGAGGAUGGACUCCAUACGAGACUCGCACUUCUAUUCUACUAGAACACAGCUACCUGGCACGGCAGGCCACGGCGGAUAUGGCCUCACACGGCUAUAACUACAUAGUGGACCUCACAGCGCUGGCCCAGGUCAACAAGGCCACGGGCUUCAGGCGGCAGGUCCGACGGCAGGGCAACUUCCCCUACCCGCUGGCGUCUGGCGCCUCCGUCAUCCACUCGGGCCCAGCCUGCUCCUGCCACCAGUGUCUGAGCCACAGCUGCACUGGCCCCAUGCCCAGCCGCUCACGCCACUCCUUCUCCUCUGGGCAGCUGAGCCGGCCCAGCUUCCAGGGUCCCAGCAGGGCGGCUGGAGCUCACCCCACCUCGGUGUACUCUCCCUACCCCAGGAGGCCUCUUUCUGUGGGGGGCAUGGCGUGGGGUGGUCCCUGGCCCCCGACACCCUCCGCUAGUCAGUUCCCUGGACCUCCACUGUCUUACCCUACCAGUGCCAAUGGCUUAAGUGUCCCUGCCAUCCCUCUGCAACGGAAUGGAUCCACCAGUGUCAGCUCAGCCCUUGCAGCCCCAGCCCAGAAACCAGAGGAUGUCAUUCACCGGUACAUGGAGGAAGUGGCCUCUGCUCAAGACGAGGACUGCAUCAUCUGUAUGGACCGGCUAUCGUGUCCGUCGGAUUACGCCGUGGCGUCCGAGGGAGCACAAUCCAUCCCACCCGGCGCUGUGGGAAAGUUCACCAAGUGUGGACACACCUUGCACAUGCUCUGCAUGCUUGCCAUGUACAACAAUGGAACCAAGGAUGGCAGCCUCCAGUGCCCGUCAUGCAAGACAAUCUACGGGGAGAAGACGGGGACCCAGCCCAAGGGCAAGAUGGAGAUCUAUAGUAUUGCACAGUCCCUCCCCGGCCACCCAGCCUGUGGAACUAUCCAGAUAAUUUACAGCAUCCCCCCUGGGAUACAGGGUCCAGAGCACCCUAACCCGGGGCAGCCAUACACCUGUAGAGGCUUCCCUCGCUUCUGCUUCCUCCCAGACAACGACAAGGGCAGAAAGGUGCUUGAGCUGCUGAAGGUAGCGUGGACGCGGCGCCUCAUCUUCACAGUGGGCACGUCUAGCACCACGGGCGAGCCCGACACGGUGGUGUGGAAUGAGAUCCACCACAAGACUGAGAUGAUGUCCAACGUGUCAGGCCACGGCUACCCGGAUCCCAACUAUCUGGAAAAUGUGCUGUCCGAGCUGUCCUCUCAGGGGGUAACCGACGACUGCCUGGUCAAACAGGAGGGCCCAAGCCAGGGAGGAGCGUCAAACUCUGGACUGUGAAACUGACCCUGAAUCAGUUUCCUCGUAACGUCACUACUUCAACAUAGAGAACAUAUUCACAUUCCCACUUGGAUGUUUUUUUGUUGUUGUUGAUCUUAUUAAAUAUUUAAUGCGAAGCAGAUGGUAUGUCAAAGUGCAGUGUGCCGAAUACUGCACAUACUGAUAAUGUGGGGUUUGUCGUGGACUUUAUUUGCUGUAGUAGCGCUCCACCAGCUCUUGGUUUAGUCACCUGUUCCCUAUAUAGUAAACUACUUUUCACCAGGGCCCAUAGGGUUCUGGUCAAAAGUACUGCACUAUAUAGGGAAUAGGGUGCCAUUUUAGACACAGCCCUUCUCUUGAAAAAAGUAUUGUGCUUUUUUUUGGGGGGGGGAGCAGACUGUGUCGCACCUCUUUUGGCAUGCUCAAUGAAAGGUGGCAGCUCUUGCGUGGGAACAGACGUCGGUAGCACUUUAGUUUUGACUGUGCAUUUAAUUAACACUUAUAUUAAUUACCAGGUUAAUAUCUGUGAUUGUUUUUCAAAUUGGUAAAUUAUGCAAAUACUUUAAAGUGAUAUUUCUGUUGAAAAGCAAUGUAGGCCUACUUAGGCAAAUCACUGUAUACACAGACACAUUAAAUACUAUACAAAAUGGUAGCAAAGUGAGUACCUGCUUGAUUGUGUUAUAAUGGGAGGGGGGAGAGAACUGUUUAAUUGGUAAUUUUCAUAUUUGACAGUAAUGAAAGCACUGUAAAGAAACAGAAAUGUGUCUGUAAAUGCCAGUUCAUUAAGAAGCAUAACCUGGAAGAGAAACUUCUCUGCUUUUGUUUCAGCAUAAUAUUAAUAUUUAAAUGCAUUAUUUAACCAUUUGUAAUAUUUUUAGUUUCACCUAAUUUGAUGGGAAACACGUGGGUUUGUAAUGCAGACUAAGCUGGGCCUGUAGUCACAAAGUAGCAGUGCUGAUAUCGAUCAUGUCCUCCCUGGCCUAUGUAAUCUUAUUCAUUAUCUAAGGCAAAACUGAUCCUAGAUCACCCCUCCUACUCUGAGAUGCUUCAUGAAUACGGACCCUGAUGCUUUGCUACACCCACUUAGAGCUACAGAAAAGUAUGGAGACCUUUAACUUUGGAAGCGUUUGUGCAUUUUGGAAAGCUUACAGGGACUUUUGACCUGAGCCCUAUACUACGUACAUUGUUUUGAGGAGGUAGCAAGGUAACUUUGGUCAACUCUUGAGUUCAACUUGGGUUAACAGGUACCACGAAGUGGCUCAUCUUUGAGCCAGGUACAUUUUUAAAUGGCAACGAAUCCUUUAGAACUAGCCAGCUCCGGGGCAGACUGUUCACAUUGCCCUAAAAAAGUGAACUGGGCUGUGGAAUUCAAGCGAACCGAACUUUGACCAGCUCUUGAUGGUCUGUUUGAUUCUCUUCAGGGGCUCUUUUGAGGGGUCUGAGAUCCUUUUGGAGUGUUCACAAUGCACAAAUUAGGCAAACACAAGUUCACAAAAAUUGCCUGGAAGGGGGGGGGGGACCAAGUGUGAAAACACCCUUAGAAAAACCUUGAAUAGAUCUCACUUAGUAGAAAGCGGACGAAGGGAAGUGCUACUAAGAUCUCACUUCAAUUGUAGUAUAGGCCUACCCCCUCAGCUUUGCCCUAGAAGAUUAAAAACAGAAAACGACUUUACCACAGGUCAAUUCACUUUCUCUGACAGUCUGGUCAAAAUAGCAUAGCCAUCAAGAGCAGUCUGGAUUUUUCUUUUUCGGCAUGCUUUGGGUAUAUUAACCUGGAUAGUCCAAUUCCACCGUACUGCUGUCCAACAUCCAGUUAGGUGACAUUUUACUCAGUAUUCAGGUGUAUGCAAGCAUUUUGAAAAUGUUCUCCGCAAUAAAGAACUGAUAAAUGAA